GGACGGUUUCGCCGCCGGUUCGCCGCCGACCGUCGUAAUCAUAAUAUGACGAAUGAACUGUCAAAAUUGUGCUCUAUGAAAAAGUUUAAUUAGAACCGUUUCAAAUUCAACUUGUAUUGUAUAAAUAAAAAUUGUGAUAUUAAUUGAAGGGGUCUAUAUGUGAUUUUCGUGUCGCAAACGAUCCCCGCACAAAUGUGCAAAUGUAGGCACGUGACAGUGAGGUUAAAGUCCAGCCCCAAAAUGAAACGCCGCCUGCCCACAGUGCGGGAAGAUGCCGCAAAACGUAACAUAGGUCACAGCGACUGGGCGAUAUACACCAUGGUGACUGCCACCGCUGUACUCAGCUACUGCAACAGUUUGAAUGGGGAUUUCGUGCACGACGAUAUACCGGCUAUAGUGACGAACGGUGACGUCACUGGCGGGAACAGCCUAACGCAGCUGUUCUUGGACGACUUCUGGGGCACGCCGAUGGUAGACCCGAAUAGUCAUAAGUCGUAUCGGCCGCUCACGACGCUGUCUUUUAGGUUAAACUACGCCCUCGCUGGCCUCCGGCCGUGGUGGUGGCAUACAUGUAACGUCGUUUUACACGCGGCGUGUUGCGCGCUCGUCGCCCGCGCGUGCGUCACCAUCGCGCGGCUGCAACGCCCGUUUGCGGCUCUCGCUGCGCUGCUGUUUGCUGUCCACCCUGUACAUACUGAAGCGGUUGCGGGCGUAGUGGGGCGAGCGGAUGUGUUGGCGUGUAUAUUUUUUCUAUCUUCGCUAUUGGUGUAUCAUAGACCUACAACCAAUAAGAAGAGUGUAUGGCUGAGUGUAAUUCUCGGAGGCCUCAGUAUGCUGGCCAAGGAGACAGGCAUCACUAUCCUCGUACUUAACCUAGCCAUCGACUUCUACCGGUGUUGGCCCUUCGUUAAAAGGUCAAUAUGUACAUUGAAGAUCGAGAAGAAAUGUACAGGGUUGUCAAUCAGGACAAUUAAGAUAGUGGUAUCUCUCGCACUGUUGAUAAGCGUGAGACUCGCGCUUUUGCAAGGGACGUGGCCGGUUUUUUCUCCGCAAGACAACCCUGCUGCGUUUCAUCCAAGCUUCCUUGUGAGAUUGAUGACGUUCUGUUACCUCGCCGCGUUCAACUGGUGGUUGCUCCUGUGCCCCUGGACCCUCAGCCACGACUGGCAGAUGGGAUCCGUGCCCCUCAUCACCAGUGGCUGGGAUCCCAGGAACCUUCUGACGUGCGCCGCGUUUGGUACUUUACUGCUGUUGGGAUAUAGGUGCAUGACGGAUUUGGAGGUUCAAAGGCAUACGCCAGCUGUGGUCGGCCUUCUGCUGCUGGUCAUACCAUUCGUACCAGCUAGCAAUUUACUGGUCACCGUUGGAUUUGUAAUCGCUGAACGAGUGCUAUAUAUACCAAGCGUGGGUAGCGUAAUAAUAACAGCGUACGGCGUCCAACUGAUGUGGUACUCGAAGCCGGGCUGGCGGGCGCUACUCGUGGUGGGGCUGGCGGCGCUCGCAGCGAGCGGCGUGGCGCGCACGCACCGCCGCAACGCGGACUGGCGCGACCGGGCCACUCUGCUGCGCGCGGAUUUAGCCAGCUUGCCGCAAAACGCCAAACUACACUACAACUUGGGCAACUUCCUUCGCGAAACCGAGCAACAAGAGACCGCCAUCAAACAUUAUAAAGAAGCUUUGAGGCUGUGGCCGACAUACGCCAGCGCUCAUAACAACAUCGGAACCCUGGUGACGGGCUCUGAGAAUGCUGAACACCACUUCUUGCAAGCAAUCCGCUACAAUAAGUAUCACGUUAAUGCGCAUUAUAAUCUAGGGAAGCUGUAUAAGAAAACUGGUCGCCCCGAGCAAGCCGUGAGAAUGUUGGAGCGAUGUAUUUCCCUGCACCCUCGCUUCGUACAAGCCCACGUAGAACUACUGUCUUUGAAACCGGAGUUGGAGAAACUAGACAUACUGAAGACGUUAGUGGACCUGGAACCGAAUAACUGGGAGCAUUAUAUCAUAUACGGCAACUGGUGGCGAAGUAGAGGUCUGCACAGUGCAGCCGUCAAGUACUACCUGGAGGCGACGCGACUGAGCUUCCUUACCAGACCGCACGCGCCGCGCGCCGACCUGCUAGCCUUCCGCGGCGCCGCGCUCGCCUGCCGCGCGCUUGGCCAGCGCUCCAGGGUGUUACAGCUGCUGACCAGAUGGCACACGUGGCGUCGCGGAAGGCCCAGCGCGGCGUCCCAUAUGUACUGGAGAGACUGGUCAUUGAAAAUGGAGCUCGAAGGACGAGUCCAGAUCUAUACGAAAGCUGUUAAUCCCACUAAAUCGACAACGUGCCUGGAUCACAAACAACUAAACGUCGAGACGAUAAAAGAGGAAAUUCCGAAAGUGAAAACGCGCGGGGAACAUUUAAGUGAGAGUGCUAAAACUAAAGCUAGCUGUGAGUUCAAAUCGUGUGUUAAAAAACGUAACGUUUCCAUAGCAACGCAGUUAAAGACUACACAUAACAAAUCAGAGAUAGGACUGAAAAAGAAGUGUACGCAUAGGGACAGCAAGAAGGACGACAUACUGCCCAAGCUUGGCCAAUACGGGGAGCACAUUUUAAUGAAAACAUUUUGAAACAGUUAUAAUGAACUAUUGAGUGAUGCUAGAUAAGUUACGCUGACAAUAUCGCAAGGUUACAUUAAGAGCUGGGUUUGGGUAAUUCACGAAUGGUUUUAUGCUUUAAUCAUAGCUUAUUGUAGUUCAGUUGGAAUUGAAGACUGGAAUUGAAGUGUUAAUUUGUAAAUAAUAUUUUCAUCCUAUCUAUUCCCUGUACUACUUCAACACCUGUUUAAA